UCAAAAAAGGAUAAUUAAGCACAGGAGAACCCAAGAGACACAAACUGGAGACCAAGAAAGAGAUGCUCUACCACACUAUGAAGAGAUAGGUGUGAUGAAAAGGAGAAUACAGCAAAUGAAAGGUGAACUAGAGAACAAAUUACAAGACAUCCAGAGAAAGGAACUGGAAAGAAUAGGCAUGCAAAGAGAAAAACUUGAGUUGGAGCUACGGAAAGCUGAGAUAGAAAGAUAUAAUGAAGCCCUCCGGGAUCAGAGAGAAACCGACAGACUCAAGCUCAUGGAAAAGGAGAAGGAAAUACUUAUUUUAAGGGAGUGCAUGCUGAUAGAGAUCAAUCAACUGAAGAGCAAAGAGACAGAAACAAGUACACAGCGCUUGGAGAUGAUGGAGCGCCUCGUCGGUGAUGCAGCGGUAAGGAUGGACCGAUUCAGACGGGUUACGGACAGAGCCGUGCAAACCCUGAUGUCGGAAGCAGAUGGAGAGCAGUUCGGAAGAGCUGAGAGAGUGACGACAGAUCUGGUGGAAAGUGUCAGUGGAAGGGUGGAGAUUUCUCGGGAUGUCCUGAGCGAGGGCAGGGAGGAAGAAUCCCAGAGUGGGGGCGUGGCUGGACCAACUUCACGGAGAUUGAGGCUAUUGCACUGGAUCAGACGGUGCUGCUGUUGCUGCUGUCCCAGAAAUGCUAGAAACACUGAAGAGGACACAGAUGACAUUUUAUAAACACAUGUCUUGUUUAUCAAGUCAAUCUUCACAUGGAAUUUGAAUGAAAGUGAGAAGUACUUUCUUAAGUACAAUGUAUUUUUAUCUGUAUAUUAUAUGCAGUGUUCAGAGGGAGGGGGGUGGUCGGGGCAAUAACCUUAAAAAAAAUGGAAUUCUAGAAAGCAUAAUAAAGUCAUUUAAUUACAGCUUAUUUGCGUAGUACCAAAUGAUUAAUGUUUAUCACAGUUCAUAUGAACCAAAAAUAUCAAAGCUUUGCAUUUUCAAAACACAACACAGAUGUUUGCACAGAGAACCACAAUUAAUGUCAUGUAGAUCUGGGAUCUGGAUCAACUGAUGCUGAAAUUAUCUAUUUUGAUUUCUUAUAGCAAAUUACUAUAAUUAUCUAGUGUUUUGUGUUAUAAUCCCUCAUGAAUCUUACCAAAAGGAAGUGAAGUGUUUGGUUCUCUUAAUUGACAACUCUGGAAAUUUCUGCGAAACUAUCUGUGAAAAUAAAAAGCUCACCUGUUAUGUCCAAAGGUCAUUAUGCAUAUUCAUUUGGGGUCUGAGAAGAGCACUGAUAAAUGAGAGAAUGAAUAUCCUGUUCUUACGACUGCACCUGUUCGUCUUUGUUAUGUUCACAUUCUUGCAGCUCUGCAUGAUGGGAGAGUUGCAGAUGUGUCUUGUAUAACAUGGAUACACAGAAGCUGCCUUGAGUGAUUCUUUUCACAAGGAUCUAUAGUAUGCCAAAGAACCUCCAAUGAACUACACUGGCAGGAUAAUUACAGUGGCCAAUUAUUUAGCAACUGAACAAAAAGAGAGCUUUGUGAAUUUUUUAACUCAGAUUAACGACGAGGCAAUCUAUUUUUAGAUGGUAACACCAUCAAGAGUCCAUUAAGAGGAUCAAACACUCAAAUAUAUUUAUUACUUUCAGUGUCUUGGCUUGGAUUUGUAUUUCACAAACAGUAUAUUUUGCAAUAAAUAGCUUUGGACUGAAAUAAAUAAAAAUCAGAAUUUA